CAAACAGACCAGACAACACCAAACUCAGAGAUGCAGCCCGCGCCACAGACCCCGAAGAGGCACCAACUCGUCUCCCCGGACCGGUCCCCGCCUUCGUCCCCGGCUGAGAUCAUUGUUUCUCCUUCGACCGGCGGCAGCGAGGCGGAUCCCUCUUCUCCCAGUAGUCUCACCCUCUCCGGCUCGACGAUUGAUUCUUCGCCGGUCGUAACCCCCCAAAGUCCGUCCGGCUCGGCCAGUCCGAGUCAGGCAAGCGUAGCGGCUGCCGAGAUUGACGAUGUGGUAGAAAGCGAUAGGGAUGAAGAUGAGGAGAACCUGGAGGAGGCGAUUGGGGGUCAAUACGUGGGUGCUAGGGGAUGGGCCAAUGAGGGUCAGCCAAGGUUCGUGGAAAGGGGCCGGAGGGGUGUGGUUGUGGAUGAGUUGGUGAGGGGGAUGGCUCGGACGCGAGUGGUGUCUCCCGCUGGUGGGCUCGUUUAGUUGGAAGACUCGCCGGAGGAAUAAAGGUCUCGCGGCGUGCGGGCGGGAAUUGCAUGCUUCAGGAAUAUGGUUAGGACUGGGGGGUUUGCGAAUUGGCUUCGUAGUGCUUAUGAGGUUAUCUCCAUACUUCACGUCGCUUCGAGACGGAAACUUCUCUUG